AUGAAAGCACUUUUAGACUUUGUGCCCCUCAUAAUUUUCUUUUAUUUAUACAAAACGGUUGAUCCUAAAAACACCGAUCAUCCAUUAUUACAAUUGAUCGGCUCAGCAGGUGGUCUGAUUAUUUCAAUGCUUGUGGUCUAUGGUGCAUUAUUCAUUUUCCAAAAAUUCCGUCUGGAUAAACAACAAUGGUUUGUUUUGUUCAUGACCGUCAUUUUUGGCGGAAUCACCUUAAUGUUGAGUGAUGACUUCUAUAUUCGCCUGAAAGCUGCAAUUUUGAAUUUAGCCUUUGCUGGCGCGUUCUUACUCUCUCCCUAUUUUGGUAAAGAAAAGAAGCCACUCAUUCAAAGAUUAUUUGGUCCUGUUUUAAACCUGACUGAAAAAGGCUGGAAAAAUCUAAACUUUGCAUGGGCUGCAAUGUUCAUUGUCAUGUCUUGUUUACAUAUUUUCUUCGCAUUUUUAUUUGCAGGUGGAAAAUAUUGGGGUGAAUUUACAGCAUUUGGUGACAUGAUCGUCAUGUUUUCCUUUAUUAUUAUCCAGUUUGUUAUAUUACGAAAACACUUUAAAUCUACCGAUGAAUAA